CUGAACUGAGGAGGUUAUGUAUGGCUAGUGUGAUUGUUUGAACGGAAUCAUUUUGUUGUUUUAUUCCAAAUAUUAACAUGCAAGUUACACGAUCAGAAAUCCUGAAACUAUAUAAGCAUUUAAUGUUAUAUUCAAAGUCGCUGACACUGACUGAUCCCGCGUACUUUAGGCGGAGGGUUGCUACCGAGUUUAGGAACAACAAAACAUUGACUAAAGCCGAAGAUAUAACUUUUGCGUACCAGAAAGGUGAAGCAUUGCUGAGGCGUGGUGCAGUCGUAUAAAAUGCUGUUAAAUCCUAUAAACCGCAUACAACCGACGUUGAUUUCCCGCGUGUUUAUUGCCUUGAAACACACGAUUGAUUAUUCUAAGGUGCCUAAGAUAAAU